AUGACGGUCGUCACCCCACGCCGCAGAUUGCGGAUUGCGGUUCUUUGCUGCUUCCCUAUUCCCGAAAACAUUGCGAAAGAGAGGGGUCAAUUCGACGACAUCUUCGCCAGCUGGAUUCUUGCUUCUGUCAACGCACACAACGCCAAGAAGCCGAACCGGAACGACCAAGUUGUUGCCGAGGUUACGGGCUUCGACGUUAUUCACAAGGACCAGUAUCCAACCCAAGUGAACGAUUUUGAUGCCCUCAUCGUCACGGGGUCCGUUGCUUCGGCAUAUGAUGAUGAGCCGUGGAUUCAUAAACUAGCCGCUUUUCUCCGAGACGUUUAUGAGAACUCCCCGACUGUGAAGAUCUUUGGAGGCUGUUUCGGUCACCAACUUAUCGGGCAAGCCUUCUUGGCUGGUCAUGGUGCUCGCGUGGUGAAGAACCCCAAGGGUUGGGAAAUUGGUGUGCAUCAGGUGUCCCUGACGGAGAACUUUGCAUCCCAUUUCCCUUGUCUCAAAGGCCGCAGAGAUAUCUCAUAUCAAUUUCUUCACCAAGAUGUAGUGCAACUGGAUGGGCCACUACCUCAAGAUUGGGUGCAGAUGGGCACAUCACCCUUAUGCGAUGUUCAUGGAUUCUUGGUUCCUGGCCGGCUGUUAACCUAUCAAGGACACCCGGAAUUUGACUCGUUCAUUAACGAAUUGAGUACUUUGGCGGUGCAAAAAGCUGGCACGGGGCUUGUAUCCGAUGAGAAGAAGACGGAAGAGUAUCUUAGCCUUGUCCGCCAAGAUGAUACGAGGUUAUUAGCUGGAGAAAUGGCGAUCCAAUUUUUCCUGUCCUAG